GCUACCGUCAAACCCAAACGCCGAAACUGUAAUUCCGAAACUUCUUCUUCGCUAACUUCUCUUCUUCCUCGCUCGGUCGGCUGAUUUGUUCGUCUAGACCAGGUUCGUUUAACCUAAAACAAUCAUCGGAGACCGAGAGCUCUGGAUCGGCAUCCUUUCAUUACGAGCGGUUUUCUGAAGACCAGGUUUGUUUAUUGAUUCAUAUGGAGAAAUCUACAGCUUAUCUAACUUACAAGGGAUCCAUUUCUGAGGCGAUUGUUGAAGCUCAGAAUCAGAAGAAGCUUUUUCUCGUUUUUAUCUCAGGUGACGAUGAGAAUUCAGCCAAUCUAGAAAAUUCGACUUGGUUAGAUGAUCAAGUAGGAGCAGCAGUAUCAAGAUAUUGCAUCUUCUUGCAUCUGAUUCAAGGACAUGUUGAAGCAUCACAGUUUUCUGCCAUUUAUCCUCAGAAAGCUGUUCCGAGCAUUUCUGCUGUUGGUUACAAUGGUUUAAUGCUUUGGCAACAUGAAGGUUACAUUGAUUGUGAAACUUUUAUCGAGAGUAUUGAGAAGGCUUGGGCUGCCAUGCAUUUCCAGGAUACUGCUACAGUCCUUUUGUCAGCUGCACUUGCUUCAAAGAAACCUGAUCCUUCAAGUUCUAGUUCAACAGAUGUUGCUUCAGUUGAGCAAGGGGAAUCCUCAAGCCUACAUGAUCCAUCAUCGUUAGCUGGUAAUGAAGCCCUAAAUGUAGAAGCUGAACCAUCAAAUGAUCCUGAAGCUCUGGUCGAGCAACAGGUGGAGGAUGUCAGUGAGGAUGAUAACGCCAUGCAGUUGGAUACCGCUAAUGCAGCGAAGGUCUAUAGCGAAGACAGAGAGAACAAAGAGAAUGAAACAAAAGAAAUCUCGCAUUCUGCUACCCACAACAUUCCAGAUUUCCUGGCGGUGCCACGGGAGUAUCAGUCUAUUGAAAACCAUCCAAAUUCUUCUCCAGAACCAGUUGUGGAAAUCCAUUUAUCCAGUUCAGGGUCUUCUCAAAUAAAUGCUAUUGAGGUGCAAGAAAGAACACACUCUGUUCCGGAUGAGAUUAUUGACAGUGAAAAUACUAUUAAGUCCACCACUAUCCAUCUCAGUAUCCGCAUGCCUAGUGGAACUAGUCUUCAAGAGAAGUUCACUAUCACUGAUAGAUUGAAGUCAGUGAAAAACUAUGUGGAUGACAACAAUGACAGCAAUCUGGGUUCAUAUGAUUUAGCUAUUCCUUACCCUCGAAAAGUAUUUGGUGAGGAAGACAUGAGUAAAGCUUUGUCUGAAUUAGGGUUUGCUGGCCGGCAGGCAUUGAUAGUAAUUCCAAGAAGUGGAGUCUCAGGCCAUCAGAGGGUAUCGUUGCCAUCUAAUGACAUACAAACUGCUGCAAAUCAAACUACUUCUAAUGACAAUGGAAUCGGCUAUUUUGGAUAUCUGAAAAGGGCAUUAUCAUAUUUGAACCCCUUCUCCUAUUUGGGUGGUAAUGGUGGUCAAUCAUGUUCAGAACAAGCACCAAAUGUUGAUUUAUGGCAAUACCGUCCAAAUCCUGGCCUCCAGAACUCUUUAUCCAGAAUGGAAGCUUUGCGAAAUCAAUAUUCAUCAAAUCCCCAGAACACAAUUGCCAGUGCUUCGACCUCAAGAUCAUCUUCCAGACCUUUUGGCAGCAACAUUCAUACUCUCAGGCAAGAUGAAGAUGAUUUUUCCUCUCGUGAUAGAAACACUUUCUGGAAUGGUAAUUCUACCCAAUACGGAGGCAAUGAUCAGUAGGAAUUUAACAGACCAUUUGAGGUGUUUCUGCAGUGGCUUUGCGCAGGCAAUUGUAGUGAUUGAGAGCAUCCAGGAUGAAAUUUGAAGUUCUAAACUGCUAUUAAGACUUAGAAGCUCAAUUGCUUCCUUGAUAAUAUAUGUCAACUUUGUAUAUGUAGAUAUGAUGUCCUAUUUCUAUGUGAGCAUUGAGCUUGCCUUUAUAAGAAUGAUAUGCUAUUAUGAUUAGAUAUUUAAUUUUUGAAGUUGAAGUUGGAUGAUUAAAAUGAAAAUAUAUUUAAGGAA